AUGAUUGAUAUGAUUGGAGCGAUAUUAUAUCUAAUAAGUUUUAUUACACGAUUUAUUAUUCUUGAACAAUUUUUUGUUGUAUCAAAAAUAUUCUUAUGUCUUGAUUUGAUACUUUGGUAUGUUCGUACAUUAGAACUAUUUGCUGCUUUUGAAAAAUUAGGACCGAAAUUGAUUAUGAUUUUUAAUACAAUGAAAGAUUUACUAUUUUUUGUUUGUUUUAUUCUCAUAUUUUUUCUUGGAUAUUCAAUAUCAUCAUGGUCAUUAAUAACUACAGAUAAUCAAGUUUCUUGGAAUUAUAAUAGUAAUGGAUCAGUAACAGGUGAUAGAAGUAGUUUAUGGUCAUGGCAAUUAUUACAUGAUGUUACAAAUUUUGGUGUUUGGAAAAUUUUCGGACAAGUAGAUCCUAUUGAUGGUACAAAUGCCUAUUCUAUUGUAGCUUUUAUAUUGACUAUACUAUUUGUUGCUAUUUCUAAUAUACUUCUUCUUAAUGUACUUGUUGCUUUAUUUAAUAUUACAAUUGAAAAUGUUCAAAUGCAAUCUCAUCGAAUAUGGCGUUAUCAACGUUUUUUACUUGUUUAUGAAUAUAAUAAUAAACCUCUAUUACCACCACCAUUUAAUACUAUUUAUUAUUUGUAUAGUAUUAUUCGUUAUAUAAUCGAAAAAAUUCAAUAUUAUCACCAAAAAUAUCGACAUGUUCCCUGCGAAAUUUCCAAGGAUUCAAUUGAUUUAAGUGAAACAGAAGUGCGAGAAGAAUUUAAAAUUAGUAAUGCAAUGCAGCAUGAAAGUGCUAUAGCUGAUGAUUAUUGGAGUUAUAUGUUAAAACAUGGAAAGAAAGAUCCAGUUGAAGCUGCAAUACAAAAUAUUGAACGAAAACUGCAUGAUUUGCAAGAACAGAUGCAUGAUAUGAUGAAUCAUAGGCCAGUAAGAUCUAUUAUAUAA